GAAGAUAAUACCAAUUGUAUUAUUGAAGACGGAAUGGUGGGAUUUAAAUUAGAGUUGCUGCUGAUUAAGUUGGAGAAGAUGGAACAUAGAUUACAGAAAAUGGAGAGCAUGCAGUUGCAGCUGCAGAAGAUUCAAGACAAGAUCGAGGAACAUCGCACCACACAAGAACAGAACCAUAAAGAAAUGAUCUCCGCGAUUCAGAAACUUGAAAACCAAGUCGAGCUGAAUUUGACCGGAACUGCGAAACGGAGUCGGAACCGCGAGAAUGUCCAAACAGCACUUCAUAAACUCGAUCAAGACGUCGACAACGUGCAUAACUUCACUCGGCAGAUAAUGAAUGCAUUACCGCAGCUGCAGCAACUUAAUGCAAUUAUGCAAAAUCAGUUUUGUGUAACAUCAACGGAAAAAGGUGUCUCAACGACAACGGAAGUUCCACAGCCCCUGACGACAACUACAACAACACCGAAACCUAAGCAACCUCCGUUUUCCUCGUGCAAAGAUGUUCCUUCGAACGCUUCCGGAACAUAUCUGCUUCGUGUGAAUAAUGAUUGUGAACCAUUUGAAGUUUAUUGCGAACAGAAUGCGUUCGAUGGUGGAUGGAUCGUUAUGCAGUUCCGUUUCGACGGAUCACUAGACUUUUACCGCGACUGGAAUGAGUUCCGCGACGGAUUUGGUGAUCUGAACAAAGAGUUCUGGUUGGGCCUUGAGAAGGUCCAUCAGAUAACAAGUGGCCGAAAACACGAACUGAUUGUUGAAUUGCAAGACUUUGAAGGAACAUACAAAUAUGCGCGGUAUGGUGUAUUCGAAAUAUGUAAUGAGAGUGAUCAAUUCAAACUGAAGAUUCUUGGAAAUUAUAACGGAACUGCAGGGAAUGCAAUGUCCUUUAAAAUAGGGAAUAAGUUCCUAACCAAAGAUCGGGAUAAUAAUGUGUUUUGUGCACAGUAUCUCGAAGGUGCAUGGUGGCACCCGAGUUGGGGUUGUACUAACGUGAAUUUGAACGGGCGAUACACGAAUAAAAUCGAUCGUAAAUCAAUGACUUGGUGGGAUUUCAAAAUCAACUGGCAAGGAUUAAGUUACUCGCGAAUGAUGAUCCGAGAGUUGGAAUAGCGUUUCUAGUUUGAUCAAUAGUAGAAUGCAAUGUAUGAACA